AUGACCUCCGCGAAACCACCUGCUAGGGCGGGUCAUCGCGACGAACCGCGUAUAAACGGGCGUCUCGCGAUUCAGUCCUCAUCCACUGUCUACCCAGUGAACCCAAUCGUCAUGCCACCAAAGCCAUCAGCCAAGGGAGCGAAGAAGGCCGCGAAGACGCAGAAGGCGAGCCGCAGCGGAGACAAGAAGAAGAGGAGCAAACGCAAGGAGAGCUACUCGGUCUACAUCUACCGCGUGCUCAAGCAGGUGCACCCCGACACCGGCGUGUCGUCGAAGGCGAUGUCGAUCAUGAACUCGUUCGUCAACGACGUCUUCGAGCGCAUCGCUGUCGAGGCGUCGAAGCUCGCCCACUACAACAAGCGCUCGACGAUCUCGUCCCGCGAAAUCCAGACCGCCGUCCGCCUGAUCCUCCCCGGCGAGCUCGCCAAGCACGCCGUCUCCGAGGGCACCAAGGCCGUCACCAAGUACACCUCCAGCAAGUAA